AUGUUGAGGGCGGGUUGCUACUGCCUCUGUGCGCGGCGUGCUCUCAACAGGAAGCACAUUGGGGUAGUUCCCCAAGACGUGGCGCUCUUCAACGAGUCUCUCGGAUUCAACCUGCGAUACGGGAGCCCCCACGCCACAGACGAACAAUUGUUCUGUGGCGGCGGUGCGCAGGAAGCAAUUCGCCUCGCGGAACUAACAGAGUUGGUGGAGUCGCUUCCCGAUGGCCUCGACACGCCUGUUGGCGACCGAGGCCUUCGCCUCAGCGGCGGCGAAAAGCAGCGGGUUGGGAUCGCACGGUGCCUGUUGCGCAACCCGGAGAUAGUUUUGUUUGAUGAGGCGACAAGCGCCCUGGACCUCCAUACCGAGCACAAAAUCCUUAAGGCUCUGCAAGCAGUUUCCAGGGGUCGCACUACUCUUUUGAUUGCUCAUCGCCUCUCCACAGUUGCCGGCGCCGACACAAUUGCUGUUCUUGACAGAGGUCGAGUCGCAGAGAUCGGAACGCAUCAGCAGCUGCUGCAGAAGCCAAAUGGGUUGUAUGCGUCCAUGUGGGCCCGACAGCGAGAGGGCCAAACGGAGAAGGCCUUCAACGCCUCUUAA